AUGACGCGGAAAAAUGCAACGCUUUCAAAUGGAAAUUUGAUGCCAUACAUUGGAAUUGGAACUGGUGGAAAGGGUUGCGAUGAAGCGACGACGAGAGAAAUGCUCAGAAUUGCGUUAAAUGCUGGUUAUCGGCACAUUGAUACGGCUGCAAUCUAUGGCACGGAGCAUAUUGUUGGUGAGGUGUUGGAAGAGUUUAUCAAUGAUGGAAAACUGAAGAGAGAAGAUUUCUUCAUCACAACAAAGUUAGCUCCAAUCAAUCACCGAGUCGAAUUCGUCAAGCCGGCCAUGAUAAGUUCACUGAAGCGGCUGAGGACCGAUUAUGUUGAUAUGUAUUUGAUUCACGUGCCUGUGUCUUGUAAGAACUUGGGAUCACUUGAAGUUGACAUGGCUGAUAUCCCCAAAUUUGAGUUCGAUACAGAGAUUGAUCUGGUGGAUACAUGGAAGGAAAUGGAAAAGUUGUACAAAGAAGGGCACGCAAAAGCGAUUGGAGUCUCCAAUUUCAACAUUCGUCAAAUCAAUCGAAUUUGUGAGCAUGCUGUGGUAAAACCAAUGAACAAUCAGAUAGAGUUGCACAUUCAUUUCCCUCAGAAAGAGCUUCGACAUGUUUGUCAUCAGCAUGGAAUUGUGGUCACUGCUUUUGCUCCAAUUGGCUGUCCAGGAAAGAAAUCCGAUCCAAAGUUCAACUGGCCUUCCGAAGGGCCGAUUGAUGAUCCGAUGGUUGUGAAAUUAGCUGAAAAGCACAAGAAGACUCCUGCACAAAUUCUCCUUCGUCACCUUGUGCAACAUGGGAUUGUGGCCGUCCCAAAAAGUACCAACGAGACAAGAAUCAAGCAGAAUAUCUCAAUUUAUGACUUUGAACUUUCUCUAGAGGACAUGGAUGAAUUGGAUCGAAUCGCGACUCGACCUCGACUUUAUCCACAAAAGCACGGAUUCGGUCAUCCGGAGUACCCAUUUGACGAUGUGACCUCGAAA